AUGAAGAGGAAUUUCGCUGACAAUUCUUUGAUGCGUAGUACAGCAGGCUGUCUUCCAGUCCCACUCUUCAAUCAGAAAAAAAGGACCAAACAACCACUCACAUCAAAUCCACUUAAAAAUGAGCCGAACAGUAACAAUUCAGCUGAUCAUUUCAAUUUCUCAGCCUUGCUUGCAGAUUUCGGAUGGGAAACUGAGAAGCCAGACCCGAUCCAACGGCAGAAAACAGUAGGCACGAAGCAGGAGGAAAGUACUAAUGUUUGGAAAAGAAAUGACUUCCCAGCUUUCGGCCCCCGAACAGAGAACAAAAGUCUUUCAGAACUGGGUGGCCAUCCCAGUCAUUGGAUGAAGCCAGAAGCCCCGUACCAGAAAUCAGCCGGCCUGCCACAGGCAUCGCAGAGAAGCAGAAGAGAAGAGGCAGAAGAUUGGGAUCCGGCUCUUUCCCAGUGGCCUGCAGUUCCAACAGCCAGGCUGAGAAAUCUGCAGACUCAGGAGCCCUCCUACACAUUUAAACACAGCCCUGGCCCACAAAACACCCACCAGGAAAAAACUGACCAUUUGCAAGGCAACAAAACGAUUCAGAAAAAGCCGGCGGGCCAAUCUAAAGCGAAGGAAAAAGAGAAUUCUCUCCGAAUUUUAUCUGCUGUCAUCGAAAGCAUGAAGCACUGGAGUCAAUAUUCUGACAAAACUCCACUGUUAUUUGAGGUACUGGGUGUUCUGGACUCUGCUGUUACCCCUGGACAAUUUGGGUCAAAAACAUUCCUCUUGAGAGAUGGAAAAGAAACUGUGACAUGCGUAUUUUAUGAGAUCGAUCGUGAGCUACCCAGAUUAAUCAGAGGUCGCGUCCACCGAUGCAUGGGGAAUUACGAUGCCAAACACAAGGUGUUCAAGUGUGUUUCCGUGAGGCCAGCAACAGCUGCUGAACAGCAAACUUUCCAGGGUUUUGUUAAGGCCGCUGAUGUGGAGAUGUGCCGAUUUGUGAAAACAAGCAACGAAAUUUAA